GGACAAGAAUUGGUGACUAUCGAGCAGACUGUCAGAUUUUGCCCUAUUGAAGUUUGUUCCCUCAGCGGCAUGUCAAUGUCUGUGGCUUUCGUGUGCUCAGGUGUGCAAGCACCACUUGUCCGUGGCCAACCUAUCCGGCAAUGUGGCUCUGGCCAACCAAGGUUGUCAUCCAGAGGCUGGUCCGUUGCAGCUGCCUUAUCACCGACGCUUUUGGCCAUCAGCCUGGCAAAGAGGCAGAAGCAUAUCCGCAGGGCGACAGUCUUCAUUGAUGGAGAAGCUGGCACAACUGGCUUGCAGGCGGCUUUUGGUGGGGGUGAGACAGGCCUCGGCAAGUGGCAGAACAGGCUUGAAGGUCAGUAUGUGAGCAUUGGAGGCUUAAGCUGCGUGGUGAACCUCUGAUCUCAUCUCAUUCUGCCAUGGCAGAAGAUCCUGAGUCCGUAGCGCUGCUGGCAGAGGAGGCAGAACAACGACCCAGGCCUGGCUGCAAUCGACUGGUCACCCUGCUCCCGGUGGUGGCGCUUCUGAGCUUGGCGUUUUUCUUUACGCCUCACACGAAGUCCUUGCGCGGAAACGAGGCUGGUGCUGUACAGCUCUCUUUGUUGCUCUUUGAACCUGUUGACGGUGGAAUUGAGCGCGCUUGCCGUGGUGCAGACCAAAAUGACAACAACCCGAGCCACUUUGUGGUCACCUCAGCCUCAGACUUGGCGUCAUGUCAGUUGUUGUGCCUGGAGUACGGUGGUUGUCAAGGAGUUGAGUUUCACAGUGGAAAUGGUCGUUGCGAGCUUUGGAUCCGUCCUGAUGGGAUUCAAGCGUCACGAUCCUUUUCUCCUGCAGAGUGCUACAGGCGCGUAGGCAUUCUGGAGCCAGUCGAUGGCGGAGUGGAUCGUGCCUGUCGUGGAGGCUCUACAAGUGACAACAAUCCGAGCAACUAUGAGAUUCGCGAGGCACAGUCCUUCGAGGAUUGCCAGCGUGAGUGCUUGAUAGCAGCGGAGUGCAGGGGCAUUGAGUUCUCAGCGGGACGAUGCGAAAUUUGGACGCGCCCAGAAGGGAUCCAGGCUUCAAUUUCUUUAUCUGGGUUUCAAUGCUAUCGCGCCACGAGCACAGCCAACACUGAGACAACCACUGCAACGUCAACAUUGACCUCUCUGACGACUGUGACAGCAACGUCACUGACGACUUCUGCGACGGCAACAUCCGUGACCGCCUCUGCAACGACCUCUGCCACAUCAAUCCUGGCCACAACGCCUUCGCCAGACGCAAUCAGCUUCAGGGGUGUCGACGGUGGCAUAGAUCGUGUCUGUCGUGGUGCUAACGAGAACGACAACGAUCCAAGUCACUUUGAAGUCUUUGAUGUUGAUGACCUCGAAGCAUGCAAGGAUUUAUGCAGAGUGACGACGGCUUGUGUUGGAAUCGAGAGUAUUGGCAGGCGGUGCGAGAUUUGGACGCGUUUAGAUGGAAUCCAAGCUUCUCGAGAAGUAGCGGGCUAUCAGUGCCUUGAGGCAGUGAUGUUCGCUCCUGUGGAUGGUGGCCAAAACCGUGCGUGCCGCGGAAAUGCUCCGGGUGACAAUCUUCCGGAGUACUAUCAAAUCGCCACCGCAUUUUCUAUGGAAGAUUGUCAGCAGCAGUGCGAGGCGAAUUCAACAACCUGCACCGGUGUGGAAUUCUCUGGCAACAGAUGUGAGAUUUGGAACCGUGCCAUAUGGACAUCCAUUGCCCUUGAUGGCUUUCAAUGCUUCAGGUAUGUGAGCCGCGUUCAGAUGACGUUCUUGACUGAAGUCUUGGCAUCCACUUGGGACAUCACUGGCGGAGUUGAUGUCGAAUGCCGAGGUGCCGACCCGGAGGAUGAUUCACCCGGCUAUUACUCUCUCGUCGAAGCCAGCUCUUUGCAGAGGUGUCAGGACAGGUGCCUGGCCUUGACCAUUUGCAAAGGCAUCGAGUAUCGGCGAGGUCACUGUGAAUUGUGGACACGUCCUGGAGGCAUUCAAGCCACCAAGCCCUUGGCAGAUUCGGUUUGCCUUCAGAGACCCGGCUCGUCUCCGCCUGGUGCUGUGCAAACGAAGUAUGUGGCUCAUUACAUGCCAUGGUUCCUCGGCUUUGACAAUGGCUAUGACCAUUUCUGUCAGGGCAAUGCCCACUAUGAAAGCUACCUGGGAGUCUAUGACUUGAACAAUCGUGACAUCAUCCGCCAACAACUUGACCUCAUGAAGAAUUCCAGCAUUGACGGCUUGUGGAUCGACUAUCAACUUGCAAGCUGGAAUGAUGUGAUUGAUGUCAUCAUGGAAGAAACGGCCAUUCGCGGCAUGGGAGUGGCUAUCGUCAUGGAUAGUGUGACAAACCCAAACAUCUUCAUUGAUGCUGCCCAGAAGAUGGUUGAAUGGACGAGCUUGUCUCAUUACUAUCGUCACAAUGGCAUUCCUGUGGUGCCGAUCUUUCAAACCCCAGACAUCAACUUUCAGGCCUUCCCCUUCGAAGCUUAUUACAUGGUGAGGCGGGAAUCUAAUCCCCCUGCCUGGGCCAAUGGGUCAUAUCCUUGGGUUACGCCAUCGCUGAACUCUCUCGAUCUCUACUACCAGCAGGAUCAUAGCCUCUCAUCCUUUGCUAUUGGUGCAGCCUUUCGAGGUUUCCGAGAUUGCUACAGUGAUCGUACCUUGAUUACGCCGUUCCUCCAGAUGAUGGGGCCGACCUUGGACCUUGCCAGCAAGUUCCAGCCAGAAUUCGUUCAGGUGAUUACCUGGAAUGACUACUCAGAAGGCACCAUGAUAGAACCCUCGUGGGUUUGUCCACGAAACCUUUGUCUCAGCGCCUGCGCACAGAAUGUCCAGAACUGCUUGACGACCGCGGCAUGUGACUCGGGCUUCGACCCUUUGGACUGCAGCAAGCCCUAUGGCAACUUCAGCGGACCUGUGGAUCCCCAGUGCAACAGCAAUGCCAUUGCCAGCGCAGAUGACGAUUUGCGGCUCCUGGCUGAGCACAUCCGUGCAGAAGCCGAGGGCACUUUGCAGUUGGACUAUGGUGCCCUCAGCACGUUCACAGGGUUGGUGACGGAGACUGAGGGCUGGUACUACAGGACUUCAGAGGAAAUCAUGAUGGUGAAGUGAUCGAUUUUGUAUAGACCAUCCUUAGAUCCUUGAGCGGAGCAUUGCCUUGCGGGGAGAGCACUGGACUUGAGAGGUUUCGGUCGUGGUUUCAAUGUUAUCUCACUUUCAAUGUUGGUACGGCCAGCCGUUUCUUCGCAUUGGGCACAAUACUGUGCUUUCUUCGUAUUGCGAGCAUCGCUUCUUUUGGCUCUCUGACAAUGGUCCGAGAGCCGAAACACACUGAAGACAAGUUUCUCCUGUCAGAUAGGAUGAGAGAAGCCGUCUAUUUACAGCUAUAUACAGUCUGUCUAGAUGCAAGGCUUGUGAGAUUGUACGGAAGAUCUGUCAG